AUGUCCGCCCCCGAAUUAGCUGCAUUCACCUUUCUGCCUUUGGGCGCCAUCAUUCAAGAGUUCCGUGUCGGUGGCAAGAACAUAGUUUUGGGGUUCCCUACGCAAGAGGACUAUGUUAAGCACAACACCCAGCAUUACGGUGCUACCAUCGGCCGCGUUGCAAACCGUAUCAAGGAUGGUUUGAUUCAGGAUUUGAAUGGCGAAAAGAUCCAACUGACCCAGAACAAUGGCCCCAAUGCUUUGCAUGGUGGUGAAAAGGGUUGGGGUAAGCGUAUCUUUGAUGGUCCACACACCGUCCAGCGCAAUGGCCACGACGCCUUGCUGUUCAAGUACCUCCACAGAGAUGGUGAAGAGGGGUACCCUGGUACCGUUGAGGUGCGCGUGUGGUACACCGCCAGCAAGGAGGAUGACGCCAAGACUGUACUGACAGCUGAGUACGAGGUGGAAUUCAUUGGCAAUGAAUGUGAGGAGACUGUAGUCAACCUUACCAACCACAGUUACUUCAACAUUGGCGAUGGCCCUGAUAUUUCGGGAACCACUGCCCAGCUCGCCACAGGCGACUAUCUACCCAUCGAUAGCACUGGCAUCCCCACAGGUGGGAUUGACAAGUUCCCGCGCGACGUGACCACCCCGUUCACACUCUCCGCAACGGGAGCACACAUCGACGAUGUCUUUGUGCUAGAGUCCGAUCCUAGCAAAAUUCCACUGGACACUCGUGGUUUACCUCUUCGUCGCUUGGCACAGUUCAGCAAUGCAAGCACGGGCCUACAUCUCGAGGUGCACAGCACCGAGCCUGCGUUCCAGUUCUACACUGGCAAGUACAUCGAUGUGCCGUCGAUCAAUGGUGCGCCGGCGCACCACGAGGGAGCUGGAUUCUGUGUGGAACCUAGCCGGUUCGUGAAUGCGAUUAACGAACCUGAAUGGCGGUCCAUGGUUCUGCUGAAGAAGGGUCAGAUCUUUGGUUGCAAGACUGUUUACAAGGCGUGGAAGGAUUGA